UGACGUGUGACGUUAGGCGGAAGUAAAGAUGGCGUCUGUGAUGGCUCAUAAUAACCCAUACCACAGUCAUGUUUCUGAUUAUUACAGCAGAAAACUGAGCAACAAACCCGAUGUAGUGCCGUCUGGAGUCACCGAGAGGAAAGUGUCGCCCUCAGAUAAACCUGACAUGGUGGCGCUGGACGUGAUUAGCAUCAAAGACUCGGAAGCUCCAGUGCACAGAAAGAAGCACGAGACUGACACGUAUGUGCUGGGUACGAUACACCCCUUCCGCAGAACUCACCGCUCUGUCCUGGGCAGGUUUGUGCAGGAGUUGAGUUUGGUGACGUCUGACAGACGGGGUAGGGAAUCCAAAAUCAAUUCCUUUUUCAGAAUCGGACACUUAAAAUAUCUGUCUUCUGUUUCAGCCUUAACCGCAUACACAUACCUCACCAUCUUCGAUCUCUUCAGUCUGAUCACCUGUCUGCUGAGUUUCUGGGUCACCGUGAAGAAACCCAGUCAGGUGUACUCCUUUGGCUUCGAGCGUUUGGAAGUGCUGGCGGUGUUCGCCUCCACUGUGCUGGUUCAGCUGGGCGCGCUCUUCAUCCUGAAGGAAAGUGUGGAGCGUUUCGUAGAGCAGCCCGAGGUGCACACGGGGCGUCUGCUGGUGGGAACUUCUGUGGCUCUGUUCUUUAACCUCUUGACUCUACUCUCCGUCAAGAACAAGCCCUUCGUCUUCGUGUCUGAAGCCGCGAGCACCAGCUGGCUUCAGGAGCACGUGGCCGAUCUGAGCCGGAGUCUGUGUGGACUCAUCCCGGCGCUCCGCAGCCUUCUCCUGCCCAGAAUGAACCCGUUUGUGCUGAUCAACCUCGCUGGAGCUUGUGCUCUGGGCAUCACGUACAUGCUCAUCGAAUUCAAUAACUAUAAUGCGAUGGACACCGCGUCUGCUGUGGUCAUCGCCCUCAUGACCUUCGGCACCAUGUACCCCAUGAGCGUGUACAGCGGGAAGGUGCUGCUGCAGACCACCCCCUCUCAUGUCAUUGGUCAGCUUGACAAACUGCUCCGAGAGGUGUCCACAUUGGAUGGAGUUCUUGAAGUCAGAAAUGAACACUUCUGGACCAUUGGCUUUGGCUCUCUGGCCGGCUCCGUUCACGUCCGCAUUCGCAGAGAUGCUGACGAGCAGAUGGUUUUGGCCCGUGUGACCAACCGGCUACACACACUAGUGUCCACUCUGACCGUUCAGAUCUUGAAAGACGACUGGGCCCGUCACUCGCUGACCUCCAGCACCCUGCCCACCGGCUCGCUCAGCCUCUCGGAGUACGUGACUUCGGCAGCCUUCCCUCCAGCGGGGUCCAAACCGCUCGAGGAGUCGAACCUGGUCACGUCUACGCCUGCGAAGCCCAGCAGCCCUCCUUCAGAGUUCUCCUUCAACACGCCGGGGAAGCACAUCCAGCCCGUGGUGUUUCAGCACAGGCCCUUCAACACGCAGCUCUCCUAUGGGAUGUCUCCCUACUCCAGCAUGCUGAACCAGGGCUUUGCGCACCCCAGCGGCGGCCCUGCGACGAGGCUGGGCUUCGGGGCUCAAGGAUACAGGACUCUGAAUGCAGCGCCGCACAGAUACGGCAGCGGUCUGCCCGCGUCACAAACUGGCCAACAGAGACCGUGAGCUGAUCACAGCAUCAUCUCGCCACUAGCCCACCACUACCCUGAGUAUUUAUUUGAAUGGGACCAAGAGCAACAGCUUUAUUUUCAAUGGAUGUUUUAUCUGUAUUCUUUAUUUGUAUUAAACCACUAUCAGACA